GUUAAAUCAUUUACGUUAUAUAAUAAUAUUCCACAAAUUGGCUGUGGUAAAUAUCCAGAAAGAAGCUUGCUUGAAGAUGAAGAUGUUCAGCUUAAAGUCUCAUCAUAUUUACGAAAAACAAAAUAUAAUGGUAAUGAUCUUGAGCAACGAAUUGAUCCAAUUUUAAAUAGUGAUAAGAAGUUACAUAUACUUGUUACUCAUAAUGAAAUUACAUUCCAAUCAAAUGAUGGUCUGAAAUCUGGAUUGAUGCUAAAUGGAGAACAACCUUUACGUAAAAAAGGUCAAAGGCGAUCAAUUCAUGUUAGUGAUUUUUUGAUAGAUACCAUUGGAAGAUUAAAAUUAAAUGAUGAUCAAGUAAGAGAGGUUGGAGAUUUCAUGCAUCAUGAAGCAUGUGUAAUGAUCAAUCCGG